AUGCUUUGCAAGGAGAGAGGAUUUAGAGUGUCUUUAGCUUUACCAUCAUUUUGGAUGAUUUCUACAAUUAGCAACAUUGUUACCAUUUACAAUGACAUUAAUGACCUGGAUAAGAGGUCCGGCAUUGAAGAAAUCAUCGUCAAGAAUGUGAAACCACAUCAAGAUGGCUUGCUGAACCGCAGCAUCGGUUCUGAACUGUUGAACUCCCAAGUGUUUCUUUUAAGGUCCAAAGGGAUGGUUAUCAGUUGGUGCGAAGCCGGGACUAUCCCAGCCUCCUCUUUGAUCGCCAUAGUAGGUAAGCCAGGAAGUGGUAAAUCCAUGUUGUUACGAGCGAUUUUAGGAGAACUAGAAAAAUCCUCUGGUGAAAUUUUCGCUAAGGGUGAAAUGGCCUUCAUUGGUGAUUCACGAUGGAUUCAAAACACAACCAUAGAGAAAAAUAUAUUAUUUAUCAAGCCAAAAAUCGAUGCAUAUUAUCGCAAAGUUUUUGAGGCUUGCAGACUCAAUGUUGAUGUUAAGACCUUGCCUGCUGGAGAAGAAACGGAAAUAGGGGAUAAGAUUCGGAUAUUUGCUGCUACGAAUGCUGAAUUUUUACCUCUUGUUGAUCGCAUUGUUUUCCUGAAGGACGGUUGCAUUGUAGAACAAGGAGCAUACUCGGAAUUGACUAAAAAGGAAGGUCAUUUCACUGAGUACUUAAGGACAUCUCAAGCUGGAAAAGCACCUUCUCAUAGAGAACACCAUUCUAUAUCUUCGGAAGACGAUCAAAUGUCUACAAUAAACUUUAAAGAGCAUAACGAUCCUUGGUGCGUAGCUGCAGGCAUAGAUUUGACACGAGAAGUGGAAAACGUGCAUAGCUUCAUCGGAGAACCAAUGGGUCUCCUUAAGAAGGUGACUUUAUACGUGAGAAGUAAUGGCUACCUUUUCACAGCAUUAUCGCUUCUAGCUGGUGGUUUAGCAUGCUGUUUUGAAGCAGGUGCUGGAGUUUGGCUGAGUGAAUGGAUAGAAGGCGAAGUGCAUACUCGCAAUCUCUUGGUAUAUGCUUCAUUUAACUUGGCUCAAGUUUUGUUCUUAAUUCUGUGUGGAAUAUCAGUUUAUGCUGCUUCAACUCUGUCUUCAGGCAAAUUGCACACUUGGAUUAUCAAUCGAAUUAUGCGAGCUCCUCAAGUCACAUUUGACACAACUCCUUCAGAAAAGUUUUUGCAAAGGUGGCUCAGCUGUUGCAUAGAUAUGAUAGGAGCUUUCUUCGUUCUUCUGACUGCCACCACCACGUUGGUAUUAGAACAAAAAGAUGAUGGUUAUAUUGCUUUAGCAGUUGUUUACGCGAUGCAGAUAGCAGAAAAUCUUCUUGUAUUGGUCAUCAUGAACUCUUUUCUUGAUGUAGAUCUGUCAGCAUUUGAAAGAUUUCAGUCUCUUUUCAAGAUAAAGCAAGAGCCCGAAUGGGAAGAUCCAUCGAAUCCAUUACCACCAUCUUGGCCAGGUGUAGGAGCUGUUGCAAUGCAAAAUUUGAGUACAAGCUUUGGCGAUGACCUUUAUCCUGCUCUCCAUGGCAUCAAUGUAGAUAUCAAACCCAAAGAAAAAGUAUCCUUAGUUGGAAAAGAAGAAUCUGGAAUAGAAACUCUUUUAUAUUCUCUGUUUCGACUUAUUGAACUGUCGGAAGGUCGCAUCAUCAUAGAUAACUUCGACAUCAGCAAAGUUGGUGUUCGCGACUUGCGAUCCAGAUUAGCCCUUGUCCCACAGGAAACUAUAGUCAUUGACGGAACUCUUCGGGAAAAUUUGGAUCCAUUUUCGACUUUUACUGAUGAUGAGUUAUGGUAUGCCUUGGAAGUGACGAAUUUAAAGUCACAUGUAACCAGCCUCGAAGACAUUAUGGAUAAAUACUUAAGUGACAAGGGUAAGUACCUCUUAUCCCUUGCAAGAUGCUUCUUGAAAAAAACAAAAGUUGUGAUUUUUGAAGAUCCUGAUGAUUUCAGCCCCACCGAAAGACAAAUCUUCCGAGGAAGUACAAUCAUUACUAUUGGAAGUCGACUUUUAACAGAUUAUGACAGAUAUGCUGGUGAAAUGAGUGAAUAUCAUCGUUUAGACGAAAGUAUGAGGUGGAUAAUUGUGGGUAGACUUGAGCCAGAACAGUCUCAUGCUCAAGUUGCUGGGGCAUUUUGUGUAACUUCAAACGUUGUUUCAAACUUGUGGAGUCAAAUUAAAAACAGUGUGGCAUUGUCCAGUAGACCCGGACAAGGUCGUCCGAGAGCAACAUCGUCCAAUAAAGACCAGUAUUUGUUACUUACAACCAAGCGCCAGAGGACGUCUACAGCAACAUAA